AUGACUCGGAUAUCAACAGCAAAUUCAUCAUCGCUUCUUGAAAGAUUUCCUGCGACUACUACUUCAUCUACAACGACGAUUGCUACCAAUAAUAUCAUCGUUAUCUCAAAACCAGGAAAUGGCAACAAAAGACCACCUAUCAUCAUUUAUCCUACUGUGACACCCGAGUCGAUUGUUGUGCCGAUAGUAUCUUGUAUAUUCGGCUUUCCAUUGUUGGCGUUAACCGUAAUAUGUUGUCUACGACGACGAGCUAAAUUAGCCAGGGAGCGUGCACGUCGACGUAACUGCGAACUGGACCGCGGGGAGCUUUCAGUUGUAAGGCUAUCACCAGUGAAGAGCAGGCCUCGUGCAGUCAGCCUGGUCCGCUCGCCCAGACCUCCUCCUACGCUAGAACUUGACACCGUUUUAGAAGAACGAUCAGACCCAGAACAAACUACACUUUCACAAGUGGAAAUAACACCAGACAGAGAGGUGGGGACGAUUCUCUUCAGCGCAAUUGGUGCAGUGGGUAGCGCGGCAGUUUCAGCGGCCGCGUGUGCUAGGGACAGC